AUGUUAAAUAACAGCGAUGCUACAGACACCAAAAAUGGCUUCAAUUUUCUCUUUGGAACUAUCCCUUCAAGCUUGGGGGCUCUGUCCAAGCUUCAGGAUUUGAAGCUGUGCUUGAAUAAUCUCCAUGGGGAGAUCCCACAGGAGCUUGGUAACAUUCAAACAUUGCAGACAUUGAUUCUUGACUUCAACCAGUUGUCGGGACCAGUGCCUUCUGGUUUAAGCAACUGCACCAAUUUGACUUGGAUCUCAUUGUCGAAUAACCAGCUGAGUGGUGAGAAUCCUCGGUGGCUUGGUAAGCUUUCAAACCUCGCAAUUCUCAAGCUCAGUAACAACUCCUUUUAUGGUAGCAUCCCGCCGGAGCUGGGUGCUGUCAACGUUCAAGGGGAGGACCAGAAGAAGCUUGAUGUUGUUUCAAAUGAGGUGGCGUUCAAGGUGCUGUCAAGAUUCAGGGGAGGACCAGAAGAAGCUUGA